AUGAGUCGGGCACGAGCCAUAGCAGCAUCCAUGGCGCUGGAGGGGCGGCGGCGCCCCCUGCGCGUGCUGCGGGGUGCAGCUGCGCUGGGUGCGGCUGUGGUUCUCACAGGUUGGCUCAGUGAUGCGCUGGCCAGGACCUUCCUGCUGCCGAGAAGCAGCGCAGGAAGCAGCGCCUUGGCCGGGCAUACACUGCAGAGAAGUUCGCCGCGGCCGCACUUCUUUCUCCGCGCUGAGAGCCCCGAUGCUGCGGAGGGCGUCCGAGUAGGCCUCAUCCAUGUGCCGGAGUUGAAGGACAAGGCCGAGGAGAUGCGCGAGGCCCUGGAGAAGCCGACCUGGUUGAACGUGACGAAUGCCACGUACUUUCAAACAGAGGUGCCCGAAGCGGAACAGGUGCCCCUGGCAGCCAAGCUCCUUGCAAUGUCCAACACGGUGGAUGUGGUCGUGGCAGGGCAUGGUGACGCCGAGGAAGCAGCCCUCCCAGAGUUGCUCCGGGCCUACCAGACCGUGGCUCUGACCACGAAUGUGCCGAUCGUUUCUUUGGGCCCGACCUUCGAUGCGGAGAAGAAAGCUGACACUGCUGUGCAGAUGGCGGAGAUUCGCCAGCAGGCCCUGAUGGGAGCUGGCAAGCGCAGCAGCAUGUUCUUCGGCAUCGGCACCAACAAGACCUCGGGUGAUCCAAACAAGAAGGGCAAGGCAGCGACGGGAAAGCUGUCCAUCAAUCUUUGCACUCUGACUAGUAGUAUUUUCUCUGGCAAGUGCCUUAUUCUUGCUGUCCGAGUCCUCCCGUGCCUUCUUUGA